AGUUUUAAAGCAGUGCAAGAUAAAAGAUUACUUGCAAGCAAGGCACAUUGAAAACCCCUCCACUUUACAGCAUACGAUAAUUUCUAUAAAAGCAAUUUGUUUCCCAGUUUCCCGGUUUACCUGAAAUCUCCUGAAAAGUCGCGUUUUGCAAUUUAAUCUCGUCAAGCACGAAAAUGGUAGCAGCGCAAAAGAUCUCGGACGCUAUGGAGGUCGCACAGGAAGCAAGAGACUGUUCAAGCUCUGAGAUUCAUUCUUCGCAACUCACAGUCGAUACCCCUCUUUCACUACCUGAUAAUGAUAUGUCUCCUCGUCUCAUAGAGUUGUGCAAGGAUCUGUUCAAGAAAUGGUCAAGCUUGGAUGAUUCUCGCUUCUCAAUUGAGAGGGUUUCUGGCGGCAUUACAAAUCUUUUGCUUAAGGUAUCUGUAAAGGAAGACAGUGGAAAUGAGGUGUCCGUAACUGUCAGAUUAUAUGGUCCUAACACGGAUUAUGUUAUCAAUCGUGAGCGGGAGUUGCAGGCUAUCAAAUACCUCUCAGCUGCAGGAUUUGGUGCUAAGUUGCUUGGUGUAUUUGGGAAUGGCAUGGUUCAAUCUUUUAUCAAUGCACGGACACUAACUCCAGAAGAUAUGAGAAAGCCAAAGCUGGCUGCUGAAAUUGCCAAGCAACUUCAUAAAUUCCAUGGAGUGGAAAUUCCAGGUUCUAAAGAGCCUCAGUUGUGGAAUGACAUCUUCAAGUUCUAUGAAAAUGCAUCCAUUCUUCAAUUCGGUGAUAUUGAGAAGCAAAGAAAAUAUGAGACAAUUUCAUUCAAGGAAGUUUAUAACGAAGUAGUUGAAAUCAAGGAAUUGACAGGCUGUCUUAAUGCUCCCGUGGUUUUUUCUCACAAUGACUUGCUUUCAGGGAAUCUGAUGCUCAAUGAAGAUGAAGAUAAACUCUACUUCAUUGAUUUUGAGUACGGAUCAUACAGUUACAGAGGUUUUGACAUUGGAAAUCACUUCAAUGAAUAUGCGGGUUAUGAUUGUGACUACAGCUUAUACCCAAGUAAGGAUGAACAAUAUCAUUUCUUCAGGCAUUAUUUACAACCUGAAAAACUGCAUGAGGUAUCUGACAAGGACCUUGAAGCUCUAUAUAUAGAGACGAAUACUUUCGCAUUAGCUUCACACUUAUUCUGGGCUUUAUGGGCACUAAUCCAGGCAAAGAUGUCCCCAAUUGAUUUUGAUUAUCUUGACUAUUUCUUCCUGCGAUACAAUGAAUACAAAAGGCAGAAGGAAAAUAGUUGUUCACUGGCACGUUCUUACCUCUCAAGAUGUGGGAGUGGAUAGUUUUCUGGUCAUUUUCAGUUUUUUCACACAUUGGUAGCUCUGUAUUCUACAAAUUUGUAGGGAAGGCUUCUUUGAGUCCCAGUUAGACAUCAUAUUCUUGUAUAAUAUUCUUUUGUAGCUGUCUAGUUAAAAGAAAAUUGAAAAUGACAUAUAUUGAAUUAGUAAUCGCAGUGUCAAGGAUUUUAAUUCUUAGUUCUCAACAGGGAUUUGUAUCCAAUAGGGCUAACGAAACUGUUCUAAUUUUUUGGGUGCCUGAGUAUAGCUCACGGGACGGGGAUCUCAGACUAAACAGUGGAAAGCCAAUAAAAAACUCAUUCACAA